ACCCCUUUUUCAAUGACAUGUUUGAUCAAAUUAUGAUACAUGUAUGUGCACAAUGGGAGAUCAUGCAGCUUCCAACAGAAGAUAGACAGAGAAUGACGUGAUGACUUUAGUAUUCUAAUCAUGGAAGAGAGAACCCCAGGGGACGACGAAAAGGGCCCUGUUAGGAAACGACCGAGGAUAUAUGCUGAUGAUGACAGAUCUACAGACCUGGAAGACAAUGAACUUAGAUACUCAGAUCAAACGGGGUCCACCAUCCAGGAUAGAAAGAGCUCAGAUCCGUUUCCUGAUUUAACAAAGGACCAGCGUGUCGUUCUCUACACCUUGUUAUUGUGUGUUGAUGAUGGCAGUGAUGUCGUUUUGGAUGAUGACGUCACUAUGGGUGACAUUGAUGUCAGGAGGACACUGAAUGAGUUGGAGGAGAAAGUACUGGUGACACGUUACGGUGACAGUAAACGUUUCCACAUUCGGCGAUAUAAAGAGAUAAUGAAAUCUUACAGAGAAAAUUGUCUGCUGAGUGACAUAGACAAAGACUUCUACAUGCAGGUCGCUUCAGAUUAUUCCCUACGUAUGUAUACAUUAGAGUAUCUCAUUGAGGAUACUGACAUAGAACAGCCUGUGGACAUCCCUAUAACGUUGAUGAGACUGGUUGUGGAGGGACGGAUAGAGGAUGUUAUUAUUCCGUCGUAUGAAGAUUUUAGUGAUCGGCACAUCCAUGAGGGCUUCUUUGAUAAGGAGUUUCAGACUUUUAUACAAGAAUGGUGUAGGAUGAAGAACCUAGACCCUAUAGCAUGGGCAAAUGGAAUUUCAUACGAGGAAGCUGUGAGAUUUGUAUCAGCAUAUUCAAUCCUAGGAAGAUUUGAGAAAGGAUUCACAAAAUUGGUAUCUGACCAGAAGAAGUGGAGCAUACUAGUUUCCAUUUUGAUGUCUGAUAACUAUAGCAUCAGAGUAAAUACCUUGUGCGAGGAGAAACACAGAAAAAUCCUAGGGGCGUUUCCUUCUUUAAGGGAAUUAAACCAUGAUAUGAGAACAACUGAAGCUAUUGACUUGAUUAAAGAUAUGGUGUACAACGACAAGGUGUUAACAAUGAAUGGAGAUGGUAGUAGCGGGACUGUGGAGUUUGUAUCGGAUGAUGUCCGCCAUCAGGUGAUGGGUUACUUUGUUCUGAAUUGUCUGAAGACUGAGGAGGACUAUACGAACUACCUCAAUCUGUCGUCUGUGAACUCGUUAUUGGAAUACGUCCGUACUUGGUGGCAUGAUCCAGAUGAUGGGGAGAGAUGCUUGUAUAUACCGGAAAGGAUGAAGGAGUUGCUUAUCACACAACUGGGGAUAGACGUAAUACGACACGCCAUGGUGGAGGAGAGAUGGGGCAGAGACGGUGACAAUGAACGAUUCAUUACAGUAAGAGAGAUGGUGUCUAAAAGACUGAAUAUCCCACAUAGUGUAUUUGAAGAACGUCAGGAUACAAAAGUCCGUUUGUGCAGUUUUCUAAAGACAGCAAUACAGGAACAAGAGGUCUCAAAUCGAUGGAUUUAUAACAGUCUUCUUGGAUCGUUUAUGAUCGGAGAGAAUUCACCUAUAUCCAAAGAUGUGCUACCCUGUAUAACGUCUAUGAAGAAAUGGAGUAUUCUCGUUGUUAUUUUGAUGUCAGUUGACUACAAACUGGACGCACACAAACACUGGAAAGAGGAUUUGAUCAACAUCAGAAAAGCAUUCCCAGUAUUGCAAAGCGAGGAUGUUGAGGAAGAUGAUGUUCUUAUAGAGGAUUUAAUGAAGGACAAAGUACUGGGAGUAGACGAGAUAAACAACGUGAUAUUUGUAUCCGAUGAUGUCCGCCAUCUUGUAAUGAGCUUCUUUGUCAAAUUUUGUCUUCAAACUGAUGAUGAUUAUAAAAACUACCUCAAUCUGUCGUCUGUGGACUCGUUAAUGGAGUAUUCCCGUAACUGGCUGUAUAUACCAAAAGAAGGAGAACGACACAUGUAUAUACCGGAGGAGAUGGAAGAGUUGUUUAUCAGGAGACUGGGGAUAGACGCUAUACUACACGUCAUGGUAGAGAAGGAAAACUACUUGAAGUUGAAAGAAAGGAGAGAUACUGUUUCUGCAGUUUUGAAAGUACCUCGGGAAAUCCUUGAAUGGGACUAUGCUGCGCGAAGCAGAUACGCAGAAUGUGCCAGGAAAGGAACUCAAACAACACACAGAGCUCGUGCAAUGAUAGUUGGAUGCGCAGGGGCUGGGAAAUCUACCCUGCUUAAACGUCUACAGAAACGAAGUCUGGAUGAACUGAAAAAGGUUCAGUCUACUGUAGGAUUAGAAGUACACGAAGACAUAUUUGAGAUUACUCCAGAAUCUGAUUGCCUAAAAGAUCUACCAGUUGACACAGAUAAAGUGGGGAAACAACUCUUGAGCGUUGUGGACUUUGGUGGACAGUGUGCCUAUUACGCAUGUCAUCAGGUCUACCUCAGUAGAAGAGCUUUUUAUCUUCUCGUCAUUGACAUGUCUAAAGCAUUUGAUGAGAAAGUUGACCCAAAACUCUGUGAACAGACAGGGACAAUGUUUACUGACUGGUCUUAUGGGGAAUACCUGUUGUUUUGGUUGAAGUCAGUGCAUACCUACUGUGACAAUGACGCCCCAGUGAUCAUCGUUGGAACACAUUUAGACGAAGCCAAAGCUCAGAACUCUGACACCCUCUACAACAACAUCCUGGAUAAUCUAAAGUUCGACAAACAUCUGAAGUCACACCUGAAUAGGAAACGAUGUUUCGUUCUAGGCUUUAAAUCCGAUGGUUCAUCAUUCCACGACACGCUUUCUGAACUAGAGAAAUGCAUGGUUUCAAUUGCAAAAGAAGACAGAUGGAAAGAAUCCAUUCCCACAGACUGGGCACUAUCUGAAGUCGUACUUGGAGAACUGAAAAGACGGAAAGAGAGAAUACAGUCUGUAACGGAAUUAUCAGAGAAAUGUUUUGGGGAAAACAAAGAGAAAUACACACAAAUCCGCGAUAUUCUGAAAUUUUAUCACGAUAUAGGCGUUAUACUACACUUUGACGAAAGUUCGCUUGCCGAAACUGUCAUCAUUGACAUCCAGUGGUUUGUUGAUUCCUUUAAGAACAUAAUAACCGAUCCAAACCAUAUCAGGGAUUUUGUCGACAACGAUCGCGAUUGGUAUUCCUUUUACAUAAGUGGUCAUAUACUGGACAGACUUUUAACCGAUAUUUGGACUAGUCGGCACUUUGAAAUGGACCACUGGGAAAGGAAUCAAAACAAAGCAAACUUGUUGCAAUAUAUGCAACGACUUGGUCUUAUUGCAGUUGGUACAUAUGCACAUUACAUACCCUGUAUGAACAAGCGGAGCUUUGGUAUGCAAGAAGAGAACUUUUUCCACACCAGCCAAAGCAAAACAUCAGUCCUGGUCUUUCGAUUUCAAUUUUUGCCAUAUUUUUUUUAUUUCCGGCUUAUUGUUGCUUGUUUGACGAAAACCAAUGGCGAAUGGAUCGUUUUAGAAGACAACGGACUCUGCUUAUAUAAAAACGUGGCUUGCUUUGUAUAUAAGCAACAUGCAAUAGCUCUCGCUGUGAAUAGAUGUUCAAUUCAGCUUCAGGUUUUUCAACCUAGCAAAGAUGUAAUUGUGAAAGAUGUUACUCUAGAAAUCCGUGACAAUAUUGAACGAUUGCUGAACGGUCUGACCAGUAACUUUCACAAGAAAGUGAUGUACACUGUAGGAUACCAAUGUUCAAAACAGGAAGUGUUUCGUGAACAUGAUGACUGUUUUGUCGAAGAGAGAGACAUUCAUGGGAAAGGAAAAAUCACUUGCCCAAAGCAUGGAAUGAUCAAUCAUCAUAUUCUGAGUGAAUCUACUCUUUUGGUUUAUUGGAAGCAGGAUGUCCUAGCCGAGAUAACAGAUUUGGAUGAUCUCAUGGACAGAGAUGAGUGCACCAGUCUGUCUGAGCCUGAGUUAAGGAAAUUCAAUUUCAAGACUUUUGACGAACUCACAAAGAUUGGACGAGACGCACUCCAACUUUAUUUUGACAGAAUAUUUCCACCAAUGGACUUGGCCACUGUACUCACCAAUAACAAACAAAGACUACAGCAAGGACAUCAGAGACUGGAUACAGACCAAUGUACCCUACUAUUUCCAGGUAUCAAAACCAUCAUCCUUUUCCACUUAGUCCUACUUCGUUUUCACAAGGGGCAUAUUGGUUUGCUCCUGUCAGUCAGUAUAUCAGGUGUUGCCUGCUCAAAGAAAGCCGAUAAAUCGAUUCCCUCCUCAACUGCUUUUGAUGUGACCGUCAUGUACAAACUGUUGAGGAAUUACGGACCAAAUCUUCCACCACCGACCAAAGGCUGGGGGAAGAAACCCGACAUUGGAGAAAAACGUCCUACGGAUGACGUGGAGAGAAUCCGGUUCUACAGGAAUGAGGUAGAACAUAAAACACGGACAACUAGCGUCAUGGAGAAGGAUGACUUUAAACUGAAAUGGGAGGACCUUUCUCAGGCAAUAUUAAGACUGAGUAGUGGUUCCUUGAAGAAAGACAUUAUGGCAUUGAGACAACAACGAUAAACACACUAUGAUCAUGAGACACGUAAUAGAAUAGCCAGUUCAGAAUCAAGAGUUUGAGUUCGUGAAAGUGUUGCCGUGGUAACUGCGUAUGGCCAUACACAUACCGUGUUUCAUUCCAUGAGACGUGCCUCAUAUUUUGUCAGGAAAUACAUGCUUGUUAUUUUACCAUAAUGCGAACAUCAAGUCAUGCAUGUUUCGUGUAAAUAGUAGAAAAAUUAUGAAUGGAAAGACACUACUGUACAUGUUAUAACAACUAUGUUUGAAGAAAUGAACUAUAUGAUUUAGAUGUGUGAUUAACUCGUAUCGUGAUUACACAUCUACAAUACACACGUAAUAUGUAUUGUCUGGGCAGCUCUGUACACAGCAAUGAAGUGCCAGUUUUUAGGUAUCAUUUCCUCUUUUGUCGAAACGUUAAUUAACAUUAAUCACUCAUUCAUAAUGAAGACAAUGAUGAGAAUUAUUGGAUAUAGAAAUAUUGGGAAACGAGGUUUGAUUAUAGCUAAGUUGUGUACAUAUAUGUAUUGUGUGGUUCAGGGAAAUACAGAUCACGUGUAUCAUACAUCAUUAUCUAAUCGUAAUAAAUAUAUAAUCAAAAAUAGUUUGUUGAAAUUCCAAUGAUUGAUCUUGCUAAUUACAUCCCCACUACAAAAUUGAUAAAAAUUUACAUUUCCAGCAGCUGUUAACGGGUUUUCCACCAAACUUAGGGGCCUUAAACCCUUAAUAAAACAUUAAAUUCGAUCUAAUAAAUUGCAUUAUCUACUUUGGAAAUAGUGCAAUAUUUUGUAUUAAAAUGUAAUAAUGUAUUUCUAUCAAUUACUUGGUGGGUAAAUGCAAAAAUUGCAGGUCGGGAAGUCAUCAUGUUGCAUUGUUUGUAUUUAAACUCACUUUUAAUUCACAGACACACAUAUUCUAAACCGCGGCAAAAAAAAUCAAAUAAAAAAAAACAACGUUACAGUAAUGGAAAUGUGAUUAAAAUAAUUUUCAGUGGGUAGUGAGAAAAGAACAAACAGUAAGUUAUAACCAGUUGGACAUUUACCUGUAUGUAUCUAUAAACCGGUGAAGGACUUAAU